GGCCGUUCCCUCCGGGCUCCGGUCAUCCCUGUCCUUCACAUGCUCUCUCACUUACUUUCUCUCUCUAAAAAUUAGGGUUUUGGUUUACCAUCCAUGGUUCCCAUUUCAGGCCCCUCUGAAGCCCUAAUACAGUAAUACUAUACACAAUUGACCGGAAAUAGGCAAAUAUUGGAUGAUAAUUGCGCGGUCGACUGUUUUAGUUUUUUAUUUUUUUGAUUUUUUGAUUGCCCGAACGAAAUGGAGUUGAAUUCUAGUAGCGGCGGAAAAGGCGCCGCUGCAGGGGAUGGAGCUCAGCCGUCUCUUCCGCCGCAGCCGGCGCCGAUGCCGAGCACGAACUCUCCGCCGCCGUUCCUUGUGAAGACUUACGACAUGGUGGAUGACCCGAGCACGGAUAAAAUCGUGUCUUGGAGCCCUACUAACAACAGCUUCGUGGUUUGGGAUCCCCCGGAGUUCGCCAAGGACUUACUCCCCAAGUACUUCAAGCAUAAUAACUUCUCCAGCUUCGUUCGCCAGUUGAAUACUUAUGGUUUUAGAAAGGUCGAUCCGGACCGCUGGGAGUUUGCUAAUGAGGGAUUUUUAAGAGGUCAAAAACACCUGCUUAGAAGUAUUAGUCGGCGAAAACCUGCUCAUGGACAGAAUCACCCACAGCAACAACCACAAGGACAGAGUUCAUCUGUUGGGGCGUGUGUGGAGGUCGGGAAAUUUGGUCUUGAAGAGGAAGUUGAGAGGCUGAAGAGAGACAAAAAUGUACUUAUGCAAGAGCUUGUUAGGUUGAGGCAGCAGCAACAGUCUACUGACAAUCAGUUGCAAACAAUGGUGCAGCGCCUACAGGGUAUGGAGCAGCGGCAACAACAGAUGAUGUCGUUCCUUGCAAAAGCCGUAAACAGCCCUGGAUUUCUGGCACACUUUGUGCAGCAGCAAAAUGACAGCAAUAGGCGCAUAACUGAAGGGAACAAGAAACGAAGGCUUAAACAGGAAGUUGGUUUGGAUGAUCACUCUGUCAGCCCUGCCGACAGUCAGAUUGUAAAGUAUCAACCUAUGAACGAUGCAGCAGCGGCAGUGCUUCGGCAAAUAAUGAAAAUGGAUUCUUCUCCUAGACUGGAGAACUUUGGCAGCAGCAGUCCAAGUCCUGAUAACUUUAUGAUUAGUGAUGUUUCUUCUCAAUCUAAUAAUACAUUAGACCAUGGGAGUUCACCCAACCAUGUUUCAGGAGUUACACCGGUUUCUGGGCAGCCUUUUGUGCCUGCAACUUCCUCAGUUACUGGUCAAGGUUCACUACCGACUAUAUCUGAGAUUCAGUCUUCCCCACUCGUCAAUUCUGCUGAAAUGGCAAGUGAUCAAUUUUCAGAUAUAAGCCCACUGGUUGGAGCUCAAGAGUUGCCUCCUGUUUCGCUUUCUCCUUCACAUAUGAUGAUGCCAGAGAUUUCUCAGUUACGAGAUAUAGUGCCUGAAAGCAACAUGGAUAUCCUAGGAUCUGAAGCUUCGAGUGGUAAUCUUAUAGAUCCAACAUCACUGGUGGGGAAUGGGGGCAUGCCCUUAGAAAUUGAUGGAUUUUCUCCUGAUCCUCAAAUCGAGUGGCAGAAUGGCCUAAUGGAUGACGACAUACCUCUAGACUCCUCCUUCUGGGAGAAGUUUCUUCAGAGUCCACCACCUGUUGAGGUUGACCAGAUGGAUUCAACCAUAUUAGAAGAUUCUAUGGUCGAAGAAACCAAGAAAGUUGAAAAUGGAUGGAACAAAGCGGAUCACAUGGAACAGCUUACCGAACAAAUGGGGCAGCUAACUUCCAAAAACAACAAAGAUCAGCCUCCUCUCUAGACAAAAUGUAAAUGAGGUAAAAUCACAUUGUUUGUUAUACUACUUCACUUUUUCUAAUCAUGGGCCACUCCCCUAGCUUCCCAUUACAGAGCAUAUACUACUUUUUGUUUUGUAUUGGGGCCUUUAACCCUCUGCCUACUUUUCCUCUUUGUUUGUUGCUUAAUUAGUUUAUCCUUCCCUCCUUAGGCCAUGCUCUGUAGUGCAAGGUCCAGUGGACUUCAUUGGGAUGUGGUAUUGAAGGCUUCUUCCUUGUACUUUCACUUUGUUUCCCAUAAUGCAAUCUGUAGCUUAUUUUA